AUGGGUGGAAUAUUCAGUCGUAUUAGUCAGUUUUUCAGUGGAGAUGAGUUUAUUGGUGGUGUUAUGAAUAUUCAUGGUGUUCCAUAUAAAUUACAACGACGUAUAGGUACAGGUGGUUUCGCUAAUGUUUAUGCAGGAAAAGGUCCUAAGGGUACACCAGUAGCUAUUAAAAUAAUUAAUUUAAAUGGUUUACCACCUUUUCGUAGUCAAAGUCUUGUUCAAACUUAUCUUAAUGAAGUUACUCUUCUCGAACGAUUACGAAUAGAAUCACGUCAUGUUGUUGUAAUUCAUGAUUUUGAUUUUGAUCCUAGAAUUGGUUUAGGUUAUAUUGUUAUGGAAUUAGGUGGAGAUAAUUUAAUGACAUUAAUCGAUCGACUUCGUGCAAGUGAUCGAACUCGUGUUCCAUCUAUAGAUCUAGUAAUGAUAAAAGGAUUUUGGCGUCAAAUGGUUAGUAUUGUUGCUACAUUACAUGCACAUUCAAUUGUUCAUAUGGAUUUAAAACCGGCUAAUUUAAUUUUAUUUGGACGAACACUUAAAAUUGUUGACUUAGGUAUAUCAAGAAAAGCUAAUGCAUUAGGUCGAGCCGGUGUAGGCACUCCACAAUUUAGUGCACCAGAAGUAAUGCAAGAUAAAUCUGGUUUGCAGCGAUCUUUUGGUCCACAAGUAGAUAUUUGGUCAUUAGGUGCUAUUCUUUAUUAUAUGGUUUAUGGUCGAGCACCGGCAUAUCAUCCAUCAGCAGCAAUGGCUCCAUUUGGACUACAUCCUCCUCCAGAUUCUGCUCUUAAUGAUGUACUUCGUCGUACAUUAGUACUUAAUCCUCAUAUGCGAGCUGAUAUACACACACUUUUACAUCAUCCAUUUACCCGAAUGUGA